AUGUGCGGAAUUUGGGGAUUAUUUGGAUCACCUCAUCCAGACGUUUUCAAAUAUUUGGAAGCAUGUCUACGCAUUAAACAUCGCGGACCGGAUGCAUUUCGGAUUGAAGGUGACCAUCACUUGCCACAUUCAUGUCUGGCAUUCCAUCGUUUGUGCAUUAUGGAUGACCUGCUCGGAAUGCAGCCACUGCGGUUGCGCAAAUUCCCUUAUUUGUAUCUGAUUUACAAUGGGGAAAUCUACAACUUCCGAGUGCUCCAGGAUGACUUCAAAUUCAUCUAUGAAACUUCCUUAGAUGGAGAAGUUCUUCUGCAUUUGUACGAUAAAGGUGGAAUCGAACUGUGUGCCGAACAGCUGGACGGCGAAUUCGCCUUUUGUUUGAUCGAUACACAGAAGAAGAAGAUCUUCGUGGGUCGUGACACGUAUGGUGUGCGACCGGCAUUCAAAAUGGUCAUCCCGAAGAAAGGCAUUCUCGGGGUAUCGUCGGAAGCGAAAGGUCUGGUGGAAUUGGCCAAAAAGGAUGAAUAUGCCGGCUCCCAGAUUGAGCCCAUAAAGCCCGGACAUGUGGAAACGUACAAUGUGAACGAGCAAGGAUUUAUGCAUCUGCAUGAAUCGAAGGCAUUUUCGCGGACCGGGGAAAUGCCGAAAUAUCGGACACUCGUGUCAAAACUGACGGACGACGUGCUGAAAAACAUUCAGAAUUUGUUGGUGGCCGCUGUACGGAAACGUCUGAUGUCGCAUCGUCGUAUUGGGUGUUUCUUAUCCGGUGGACUGGAUUCCAGCUUAGUAGCGGCCAUUUUGGUUAAAGAAGCACGGGAAGGAGGUAUUUCAUAUCCCAUUCAAACCUUCGCCAUUGGCAUGGAAGGCAGCACCGAUCGUAUUGCUGCGCGAAAAGUAGCCAAACACAUUCAGUCCGAACACCAUGAAGUGGUUUUUACACCGAAAGAAGGCACCCGGGCAGUGGACGAUGUCAUAUAUCACUUGGAAAGCUACGACAUAACAACAGUUCGAGCUUCAGUCGGAAUGUAUUUGAUAUCGAAGUACGUCCGGGAAAAAACCGACACCGUGGUCAUGUACUCGGGCGAGGGCUCGGAUGAGUCGCAGGGCUACAUUUACUUCCACAAAGCGCCCACACCGGCAGCCGGUCAUGCGGAGAGUAUCCGUCUGAUGGAUGACCUUUACAUGUACGAUGUAUUGCGCGCCGAUCGCACCACGGCUGCCCAUGGGCUGGAACUGCGUCCGCCCUUUUUGGACCAUCAGUUUGCUGCUUACUAUUUGUCAUUACCGGAAGAACUGCGCGUGCCCAAAGACGGUAUAGAAAAGCAUCUGCUGCGUAGCGCAUUCGACGGCACGGAUCUGCUGCCGCAUGAAAUUCUCUGGCGGCCGAAAGAAGCCUUCAGUGAUGGCGUAUCCUCCAUGACCAAAUCGUGGUUCCAGAUUCUGCAAGAAUUCACCGCUGACUUGGUUAGCGACGAUGAGUUUGCGCAAAGAGCGAAAAUGUUUCCGCAUCUGACUCCGACAACAAAGGAAGCUUUCUACUACCGGAAAGUGUUAAACAGACAUUAUCCUGGGAGAGAGAAAUGGAUUCCAUACUUCUGGAUGUCCAAGUGGACGGACGCCACGGAUCCAUCGGCGAGGACACUGAACAACUACAAGCCGAAUUAAAUGCUGGUAGGAAGUCCAAAAAACCACAAAGAAUCUUUUUGACACAGCGCACCUGCAUACUUUAUCCGCUCUCUUUUAUAUGCUGUCUGCCGUCUCUCUCAUUCUCUGGAUGUCGCGUAACAUAACUUGACCGCAAAGUGACAACUGUUCUGUUCAUCCUCACCUGCGCCAUUUACGUAAGGCGCGAUCAUAUUCAUUUGUUCCUCGUCAAUCUUAUGCCAUA